AUGUCUUGGGAACUCACUCGUCGCCGAAUCGCCCGUGCGGCCAACAGCAAGUUCAUCUUUGAUCGUGUGCCGUUACUCCAUGCCAUCAUAUUUUUCAUCGAGAUGACCAUCGUCGCGAGGCUGGUCACGAGGUUCAAUGCCUACUACGAUGAACGACCUCUCCUCACCAUGAUGGUGACCAACGCCGUCCUCGGAGGUAUUGCCGACACGGUCGCCCAGACCAUUACCUCAGUCCGUCUCAGGGCGCUGCGCAAACCCGGCGGCAUCACCAAGGACGAUCCGAUCGCCAUCGAAAUCCACGACCUGGACCGAAAGAACCCCCUGUACGACCGCGACUUGAUCCCGGACUCCAAGGCACUGCCGCCGCCGUUCGACUUUGAGCGGCUCACCCGCUUUAUGGCUUACGGUUUCGCCAUGGCGCCCCUCCAGUUCAAGUGGUUCUCCUUCCUCUCGCGGGCGUUCCCGAUCACCAAGACGAGCGCUUUCGGCCCGGCAAUGAAGAGAGUGGCAUUUGACCAGCUGGUGUUUGCACCAUUUGGUAUCGCCUGUUUCUUCACUGUCAUGACGGUCGCUGAGGGCGGCGGACGACGGGCGGUCACGCACAAGCUGAGGGACAUGUACAUCCCUACUUUGAAGGCCAACUUUAUGGUCUGGCCUGCGGUGCAGAUCAUCAACUUCAGGCUCAUGCCCGUGCAAUUUCAACUGCCCUUUGUUUCUACUAUUGGUAUUGCCUGGACGGCAUACUUGUCCCUGACCAACGCGUCGGAGGAGACACCGCCGGCCAACGAGGCGCUCCGAUCGCCCAACAUCCGACUUCCCUAA